AUAGGUCUAAUUUGUGAAUUUGUAUAAUAUAUAGGUAGUAUUGAAAAGUUAUAAUAGUUGAUGUAAAAAGAAUAAUAAUUCUGAGAAUAUUUUUUUGGGUUUGAGAAUGAGUUUUUGGAUUGGAGGCGAAUUACGAAUAGUUACUUCGAAAUAGAAUAGAAUUCAUACGUGUUUCAGCCGAUCUUACUGUAACUUGUUUCUUUGCCCGUUAUCAAAAUCUCGGUUCUACUCAAUUUCUCGGUGGCUGCCAAACCCUUCCGAACUUAGCUCUCUGUUUCGAGUUUGCUCAACAAUGCAGCAGGCUGGAUCGUCGGGGUCGGAGGCUGAAGUGACGUGGGAAGAUCAGCAGAACAUCAAUAAGUUCGGAAGAUUGAAUAAUCGGCUCCACGACCUAGACGAUGAAAUCAAGAUUGCCAAGGAAAACAAUGAAAGUCUUGAGGAUGCAAGCAACGAACUGAUCCUUACAGAUGAGGAGAUUGUGCGCUUCCAAAUAGGUGAGGUAUUUGUUCAUGUGCCCAAAGAUGAAGUGGAGAGCAGGAUUGAAGAUAUGAAGGAUGUGACGAGCAAGAACUUGGAGAAGCUGGAGGAGGAAAGGGAGUCCAUAGUUGCUCAAAUGGCGGAGCUGAAGAAGAUUCUAUAUGGCAAAUUUAAGGAUUCCAUCAAUCUUGAGGAGGAUUAGAUGAAAAAACUGUGGGUGAUGAUGGUGUUGCAGUUUUUAAGCUGUUUUUGUUUUUGCUUGGGCAAUUGCUUUGGUCUGUUGAAACUUCAGUUGUUCAUCCUCAGUUUGGUUUGAGUCUCUCUCUCUCUCUCUCUCUC